UGCUCUGCUGGUACAGAAUGUAGCAGAUCUUAGCACUCCUCACGUGAGUAGCACCCUUCUCUCCACACGUCUCUCGAUACCAACGCGCCUUGCCCUUGUCUGAGCACUACGCUUUCCGUGCGCUUCUCCUGAAGUGGCUGACCACGCACCUAGUGUCGGUAAGCGGACGAAAACGUCUCUUUGUGGCAUACCCAUGCGCUCCGCAUUGUGAGGCGGCUCACAGCGGCCCCCGCGCGCCAUGCUCCCCGUGCGUCUGUGUUGAGACGCCAGGAAGCGGAGCUGUCCCCACAGAACCACCAUGCUCCUCGCGAAUCCGUGCGCAUGUUCCUUAGGCGGCUCAACGGAAUCCCACAGCAAGCCCAUGCCACCAUGUUGCCCGUGCAUUUCCGCCUGCUCGCAGCACCAGUAGACACCAUCGGCGCACCCUAAUAGCCCUAACAGACUCCUAAUACCGCCGUGCUGCCCGUGCUUUCCCACUAGUAGACACCACCCCGGCGCACAUUGAGCUCGCUGUCGAUCUGCUCUCAGGCGGCUUAGAACAAACCCCAACCGACUCCUAGUACCGCCAGCCCGUGCGUUUCCGCCUGCUAGCCGCGCUGGUAGACCAUCCGCGCGCCCAUCAGGCUCAGUAAUACGCCCGCCUUGCACCGCCAUGCUGCACGUGCGCUUCCGCCCGUGCGUUUCCGCCUGCUAACCGCACUAGUAGAGUCCAUCGGCGCGCCCAUCACCAUCGGUCUGCUCUGAAGCUGCUUAUAACGAGCGUAGAUUAAGCCAGCAUCGCCAUGCUGCCCGUGCAUUACCGCCUGCUAACGGCGCUGAUGGAGACGAUAGGAGCGCCCAUCAAGCUCACUGUGGCGGCUGCUGCGGCGCAUGACACGGGGUUCCGAGCAAGAGUCAUCCUCUUUGCUCAGGCCUUCCACCGCAUGAACGUGCGACUGCACCGGAAGCUGGACACGCGGCACCGCCCCGGCCACCAUCGCAACCUGCCCAUCCGGCCACUCAACGAGGAGAGUGCGGUGGACAUGGCUGCUCAUCUAGUGGGAGAGAUCUUCGUAUUUGGGGUGGGCGGCAGCAUCAUAGUUGCAGAGGUGGCCAAGCAGGGCUGGGCAGAGGCGAGGAAGGAAGAGGAGCACAGGAGAGACGUGGAGGAGGCGAGUGCCCGGCACCAGUACUUGGAGCAUGAGAUCCAACUGGCGAGGGAGCGACUGGUGCAGGUGCAGGCGUCCCUAGACGUCGAUGAGGCCCUCCUGCCGCCCUUGCCCCCGCGCACUCCUUCUGUUGCACAUGACAGAUCGAGGGAAAUAGGUGGAGGAGGAGGUAGAUGGGGACAGGAGAGGCAGGGGAGGGAGGAGGAGGAGGAAGAGGAGGAGGAGCAUGAGCGGAGGGAUGGGGAAGGAAGUCAGGGGCAAGAAGGGUUGGAUGAAGUGAGGGAGAGGGAGAAGGAGAGGACGGUGGAGAGGAGGGAGAAGGAGGAGAGGAGGCACGAGGAGGAGAGGGAGGAAGAGGAGAAGAGGCGAAUGGGGUUCUUCAUGCCACGAGUCCUCUCUACCGACUUCGGGUUUGGCCCUCCCAUGUAAAGCUGCUCUUCAGUUAUAAUCAAAGCUUGAGUCGACUCAAACGGAGGAGAGGAGGCACAAGGAGAUGAAGGAAGAGGAGAAGAGGCGGAUGGGGCUCUUCAUGCCGCGAGUUCUGUCAACCGACUUUGGGUUUGGCCCUCCCAUGUAGAUUGGCCCUUCUUUCAUCAGCAGAGCACACAGCCUCGAGUCAGACUCGCGAUUUUCCCAAACAGGGGGAAGAAUUCGCACCACCUUGGUUCAGACGGACCGAGUUGUUCACAAACCCUUGGAAAGGAAGACGAACUCGAGGAACCAAUCACUCGCGCGCUCUGCACGCACAAGGCAGGGUCGUGGCGAUGUGAAAUGCACUUGGUUGGCACACUCCGUCAUACCUAUGUUUCAAUGGUAUUGAGAAAGGUCUGACUCACCAAAUCAUGCUCAGACUGUGUUUGACCAGAGGCGAGUCUGGCUAGGGGGCUUAGCUAGGUGGAUAGAGUGGAAGCCGUUUUUUAGACACCCUGUCACAUUGUAUGAGCCAAAUUUGGCUGCAUUCCUAGUCAUUAAUCGAUUAAGUGUAGUUAGUGUCGAAUCAAACUGUAGAAGAUAA